AUGGUCCUAACAAUACAACAACAAAAGUUCAAACUGCUCCUAGAAGAGGCCAUAACACUUCUGUGCAAAAGCAGCUUGCCAUACAAGAUGGAGGCCAGUGUCGAGGCCUUGAUUGGGGUAACUUUGGACAGCAGUGAUGUCUUCCUCAUUAGCAUAAAAGAAAGUUUUGAUAACAAAAUGGAGGACGGAGAUCUGGUUGAUGGUGAUCAUUCACAUUUUUCAUCAGAAAAAGAUUCAGUGUUGAAUGUUCAUGAUGAAAGUAGUUUGAUAGAAAAUAGUUACAAUGAUGAUUACAAUGAAGACGAUGGCAGUAAUGUUGAGAUUAUAGACAAAACUAAUGAUGCAAAACAUCAAAAUGAGGAUGACAAUGAAGACAAUGAUGUCGGAGAUGAAGGUAUCAUCAAUGGAGAAAGCAAGCAAGAUGAUAGCACUAACAGCCAAGGUAAUAAAAAAUGUCCUUCCAUUUAUGCCAGUACCAAAAGUAGCAGGAGUUCUGGUUCAAUUCUAACCGUGACAGGUACAACUGCUGCUUGUAGCAACAAACCUGAUGGGACCAUCAGUAAACAUGCCAACAAAUCUGGCACGAAUGUUGACACAUUUCAAAAUAAAAAUACUAAUAAAAAUGAUAUUAAUGAUAAUAAUGUGAAGCAUUCAAACAACUCUUCUAUUAACAGCAACAAUUACAUCAACAAAAUUGACAAGAGUAGCAAAAGCAGUGCAGAUAAACUUUUUUAUUCCUGUGGCGACUCAGAAACUCCAUCUAAAAAGAGACGUAGAAAUAAUGAUAACGUCAACAGCGAUCAUCUUCACGACAACAAUGUUUCAAUGAAUGAGAAUGAAAACUACAUCAACAAUCAACAAGUACAGCACUGCAGCAACAACAACAACAACGUGGGGUUUGGGAAAAACAAUUUUAGCAAAACCUUCAUUCCAGAUGAAGCCUGUCUUCAAUCAUCCAAACAACAACAACAACAACAAAGACAUCAACAACUAAAACAUCAACAACAACAAAAACAUCAACAACAUUCUGAAAAUCACCUCAACAACCUCACAGAAUUCAUCUGUGGAAAUUUAGCUGAGAUCAAAAGUGAAAUCUUCGAUGACAACUUACUAACCUCCUGUUUCAACGAAAACGUCAGUGACGUCAACAACAGCAACAAGAAUCAAUUGAAACUUAGAUCAACAGUUCUGUCGCAUGACCGAAGGGUCAGCACAUACCAGGGUCACAACAACCCACACAUCAAUGUCAAGGUCGAAAAGUUCCUAUCUCCAAUUGACAUGAACAGCAGCUCGAACACCGGCAACAACAACAGCCACACAACGAAUGACGCCUGCCAACCACCCAACCUCAACCCAACACAGAUCUCCAUGGCAACCGACAUCCUCAACAUAUCAGGAGCCUUCGUGAACAUCGGCUCUGCAAAGGCAUUCCAGCACAGCUUACGGGCUUUGUCAAAGUCUCAACUCUCUGACGUCAUCAACAAUAUGUCUGUUCCCCCUUCGAAUGCGUACUCGGUUGGACUGUUGUGUACUGAAGGAGUAUCAAGGGUAUUUUAUAAAAUACCUCCAACUAUGAUCAAGCAGGAGGCUUUAGAUUUCUACAAUUUAGACUUUUACACGUACAACAACUUGUACUACAACUCUGUGAGGGUGCCCCACAACAUCAGGGACCCUGAAGAUUGGAAGGCCCUCAUCGCCAUGAAGAACCCGUUCACGUACAAUGGUGCGGCCCAUUCAUGA